UCGAGCGAAUGAAAUUCGUUUGUCGACGCCACGUGAAUGUCUCUUUCUCUUUCUCAUACCAGUUUCCUUUCCCAUACGAAUUUAGGAUGGCACCAACAGUAGCAGCAGCGACGAAAGCAGCCGCUCCCAAAUCGGGAGCUAACAAGUCGGCCGCCGCCAAAGCGGCAGCACCGGCCAAGGCCGGUGGGAAGACGGCACCCGCCGCCAAGGCGGCCCCCGCGAAACCCGCCGCGGCCACCGCGAAAACCGCACCGGUAACCGCCAAGCCCGCCAUCUCGAAGCCGGCAAACAAGAAGCAGUACAUUCGCGGCAAAAGCACCAAGAAGUCGAAGAAGAAGGAGGGACGUAAAUUCACAAUCGACUGUACACAUCCCGUCGAAGACAACAUUCUCGAUGUUGCCAAUUUUGAAAAGUACCUUUUGGAACGCAUAAAAGUGAAUGGUAAAACGAACAAUUUGGGCAACACAGUCAGCUUGGGCAGGGAGAAGAAUACGAAGAUCGUAUUGAGCGCAGAUGUUCCAUUCUCGAAAAGGUAUCUGAAGUACCUUACCAAGAAGUAUUUGAAGAAGAAUAAUCUUCGUGAUUGGUUACGUGUGAUCGCGUCCGGCAAAGACAAUUACGAACUACGUUACUUCCAGAUCAACAGUCAAGAUGACGAAGAUGAGGAAGAUAACGAUUAAACUGGAGUUAUUCUUUUUAAUAAAGUGACAGAUAUA